UUCCCCUGGCACGAAAUCGCACCGACCUGCAUGGAAUACUACGUUCCCAUGUCCCUUUCAUCUGUCAACUUGACAGAUGCCUAAAAGGGCAAACAUGUGUCAGAUACUUCUAUUCCAAACACGUGUAUUUUUCAUUUAUCGUGAUGGUGGGUUGCGGAAGUAAACUGAGAAGAAAACGCAAAACAAAAAAUAAAACACGAGAUUUGGAUGAGAUUGAUCAAGACCUGCAACCAGACACAGCAAAGAAACUGUUGAACCAGGAGGUGGACUUUGAUAAACCAGGAGCAGCUCAACAUUACUGUCUUCAUUGUGCACGGUAUUUCAUAAAUAAUUUUGCUUUACAAGAACACUUCAAAUCCAAAGUACAUAAAAGAAAGCUAAAGUUGCUAGAAGAGGAGCCCUACACAAUCGAAGAAUCAGAGCGAGCAGCUGGUCUGGGAAGUUGGAAAGCACCUCAAAAGAGGAAAAUCGAAACACAACCUGAUAAAAGUGACAUUGAUGGGAAGAGGAUGAAAGUUGAUGAACAUGUUGAAACAUAGCUGUCUGUAUUUUACACAUACUUUGAAGAGGUGUUAUUCUGCAUUAUAUAUAACAGGAAAGAAGGCCCAAGAAACAUUUGCUGUUUUAACUCCAUACAUAGACUUUGAGGAAAGAUACAAUAAUAAGAAAAAUGAAUUGAUUGCAAAUAUAGCGGCACGGAACUACCCUUUGGAUAUUCAUAAGGUAUUUGAUAGUUGGGAGUUUUUCCAGACAGUUGAUGACCGACGAAAAAAACUAGAAGCAACAAGGACUGAGCUUGCACAAAAAAUCAGUACCUUGAUGAAAGAGUAUUCGAAAAAUGAAGAUGAAAUUAAAAAACUAAGAUUACAUGCUAAACUUAUUAAAGAUGACCUAAAAGCUAUGAAAGAGCAUUAUUAUGAGGUUGAGGAACAAGUUAUGUUAAAAAUUUUAGACUUACCAAAUGUUCUUCAUCCAAAAACACCUUUGAAAGAAGAAACUGUUAUUUGUCAAUACUUGGAAAAACCAGAAAGUAGUUCUGAAAGCCAUAAAGAUAUUGCUGAGAAGUUAGGAUUUUUACAAUAUAUAGAUAAAACUUCUUCUUUUUUGAAAGGAGAAGCAUCACUUUUUGAACAAGCUAUAUUAAAUUAUUUUAGGAACUGUAUGAUAGACUCAGGAUUUACAGUUUUCUGCAAUCCAAGCUUUUGUCGGAGUGUUGUAGCAGAAGGAUGUGCAGAUAUGGAAAAUGUUUUUACUAUAGCCGAGUCUGAACAUUCUAAAGAAAACCUAAACCACUUGCAUUUAUCUGGAGGUGCAACAUUGCUCUCUUUCAUGGCUUAUUUUACAAAACAUACACUUUUAAGCACUCAGUUACCACUUAAAUAUUUUGCUGUAGGUAAAAGAUACAGAAAUGUAGAUCCUGAAAAAACUGAUGACUUGUUCAACUUGAGUCAAGAAUCAUCCUUGAACAUUUUUCUUGCAACAGCUGAUAAUGAGCUUGUAGACUUAGACUGUGUAUUAAAAGAUGUGAAAGGUUUCUAUCAGAAGCUUGGUUAUCACUUCAGGAUGGUGCUUUUACCAGCUAAUAGGAUAGAAAAAUCUGAGAGUUUACAUGUUUCUAUACAGAUGUAUUCCAAUCAUUUGAAUGGGUAUGUAGAAGUUGGAAAUAUUUCUAGUUAUGACAGUUAUUUAAGCAAGAGGUUGAUAUUUACUUAUAACGACCAAAGCAGCAAAGAUAGAGCGUUUCCCAAAAUUAUUGCUGGAACGGUGCUGAAUGUUCCAAAAGUAUUGGGUUGUGUUUUGGAAAAUAGUCCUGAUAAAAACCUGUUAUCAGAUGUGUUGAAUAAAUAUUUGUUUCAUUGAAAAUAAAUAGUUUAUUUGAA